AUGUUACCACUUCAUCAAUUAGAAACAGCUAUCAACCGCAAACUUGGACACGAUACUAGCCAACGUAUCAAGACGAUCUACCCCUUUAUAGUGCUACCAUGGUGGGAGCCACCAGAAGCAAGGAUUGAUGACACCCAUGAGGAGGCUAUCAAGGCUAUUGAACCACGCGGCGACAACCCAUACGAAGCCACGAUCUACACAGAUAAUCAAGCCGCGAUACGCGCCACGUGCCAGCCAGGGCGGUCCUCUGGGCAGUAUAUCAUCCGACGGAUCGUACGACACCUGGGCCUCCUACGCGACAACCGAUCUCGAUGGCGUGUACGACUACAGUGGGACCCAGGCCACGAAGGGGUCCCAGGCAACGAGAAAGCAGACCAACUUGCAAAGUUGGCUGCAGUUGAGGCGACACAGCGUACACAGGAGAACGCCCGUAUAGCCAGGAUCAAUGCACCUAACCAGACUACACCACACGCCGCACGAAUGCUUUGCAAAGUGGUGGAAGGACCAACGGCAUCUCUAUCAAAUAAUCAAAGAGCCAACGAAGAUAGUGUUGCAGCUGCACGAAGAAUUACGACGGGCUUAGAGUUCGGUGUUGAUCCAACUACAAACAG